CCUCGGCACGCAGGUUCCGCGCGAGCUCGCGCACGCGCGCGCGCGCGCACUCUUCAGAGCCUCUCUCUGGCCAGCGGGGACUGACGGGCGGAGGCUGGGCUGCUGAAGUACGAGGGGCGGAGCCCGGGCCGCCGCCGCUGCCGCCGCCACCGCCGCCGCCGCCGCCGCUGCCGCGGGAGAGGAGCAUGUCUGCAACUCGAGCCAAGAAAGUGAAGAUGGCCACCAAAUCAUGCCCCGAGUGCGACCAACAGGUUCCUGUUGCAUGUAAAUCAUGUCCCUGUGGUUACAUAUUUAUUAGCAGAAAACUUUUAAAUGCAAAACACCCGGAAAAAUCACCAUCUUCUACAGAAAACAAGCAUGAGGCCAAGAGGAGGCGAACAGAAAGAGUUAGGCGAGAGAAGAUAAAUUCUACAGUAAAUAAGGAUUUAGAAAACAGAAAGAGGUCUCGAAGUAACAGCCAUUCAGAUCAUAUCAGACGAGGAAGAGGAAGACCUAAAAGUGCAUCUGCCAAAAAACAUGAGGAAGAAAGAGGUCUUGAAACUGGAAUCAGUUUAACCUCAAGAGAAUCAUCAGAGUGUUAAUUUCCAAAUGAAUCCUCUUUCUAACAAUGAUAAGAAUAUCUAUGACGAAAAUACACAUUUUGGGGACCCAGAUCCACACCAGCCCUGGAGAAAGGUCACAUUCUCCACUUUUGAAGAGCAGAAAUCCUUCUGCAUGGCCAGUUCUGACAGGUCCUUAUGUUGUUACACACCAAAAGGUUUUGAGAGUUCUAUGCUUGGUUAGCCCUGACUUUCUUGGCUCUGUGGCAGAAUGACCGCCCCUCCCACCCUCACGCAGGUUUUCACAUUUCUUCAUCUAUAGAAACCUGGUGCUCCCUGGCCUCCCCUCUGUAAGGUUGGAUCAGAACUCCAGCUUACACUCUGCUUUUAACAAAUUCACCAAGCACUAAACUAUGCUUAGGCACUGUUGUAUUGGGCAUUUCACAUUCAUUAUCUCAUUUAAUCCUCAAAACAAUCCCACAUAUUAGCUUUAGAGAGGUUAAGGUACUUGCUUAAAGUCACACAGUAAGUGGUAGAGCUGGGCUUCAAACCUGGGCUUGCCUAGCACCAAAGCUUGAGCUCUGACCUCUGUGCUACACAUUCACCACUCAGCCAAUGAACCCUCAUGAGCUCCUGAGAAGAGAUACUUGAAGGCUCUUGAGUGGCUGGGAGGCUAGAUGAUGGCCCCCCCCCUAAAGGUAUUCACCUCCUCAUCCCUGGAACCUGUGAAUGUUACUUUAUAUGGUGAAAAAGGACUUUGCAAAUGUGAUUAAGUUAAGAACCUUGAGAUGGGAAGAUUAUCCUGUACUAUCCAGGUGGGAUCUAAAUACAGUCACAUAUAUCAUCAUAAAAGGGGGGCAGGGGAUCUGACACACACACAGAAGAGUUGGUAAGGCAGUGUGAUCGUGGAGGAGGAGACUGCAGUGAUCGGCCACAAACCAAGAAAUGCCAGCUGCUACCAGAAGCUGGAAAAGGCAAGGAAUGAUUUUCACCUGGAGCCUCCGGAGAAAGCACAGCCCUGCUGACACCUGGUUUGGCCCAGUGAUACUGGUUUCAGACUUCUGGCCGUCAGAACUGUGAGAGAAUAUGUUUAUGUUGUUUUAAGCCACUAAGUUUGUGGUAAUUUGUUAUGUCAAUCACAGGUGACUUUGUGAUCUCUCUAGGUCAGUUUCCUUAUCUGUAAAAUGAGGAUAUUAGUGGUAAUACCUAGAAUUAAAAAUAAAAUGUUAAGUGCUAGCAUUUACCUAGCACAAGGCAGAUGCUCCACAGAGCUAUUAUCACUCACAGCGUCUGAGAGGAAUAUGUAUGGGGUGCUUUGGGAGCAUAUGGGAAGGAAGGGAAAUUAACCCAGCCUCUAGUUCAUAAAUGCACAUGACCACCCAGUAAGGUUAACAAAGAAGUUGAAAUUAAUUAAAAGUGACAGUAUAUGGCAUUUAUUGACCAAAUGACAGGGAGUUCACAAAACAAUCUCCACCCUUAAUUUCUAAGAGUGACUGCAACCACCAGAGAAACUUUUUAGGUGGUAACUCAUUACGUCGUGGAUGCCCCAGCGACUUUAUUUUUCUGGAGGUGACUCUGAAUGGUCAUUCCAGGACACAUUAAUUAAUGAACCAUAAAAAUAAACACUGCAACUGGAAACUGGAAGUGUAAAUUCAGUUGCCUAUUAGGAAUGUAAUCUGUGACCAUCACACU